AUGCAGUACCUCACCAUCGCCUCUGCUAUCCUUGGCUCCGCUCUUCUGGCCUCUGCCGCCCCUACUCCUGCAGACCUCAACGCUCGCGCCUGCAGCGUUGCCUACCCCCAGUCCAUCGGCUUCCCGAUCAACUACAGUAUCAGCCAAGACGCUGGCGCAGCCAACAAGCGAGACGACGCCAUCACCUUCGACAACAUCCCCGCAGGCUCUUACGGCUGCCAGCUUGAGGUCAACUUCCCAGCUGGCUACCCUAUCACCAGUUCUGGCAACAGUCAAGUCUAUUUCUGGUCUGGCACCGGCGCCUCCAAGGAGCAAGUCGGUACCGUCAACUUCGCCAGCAGCCCCGUGGCCGCUACCAAGUUUGUGAUCAACAGCUUCACUUGCGCCCCGACCAUGUCUUACACCAUGUCCAUCGGCAGCGAGACUGAUGCUGGCUCCGUUGCUUUUGCCGACACCAAGGAUGCCGGCAUUACUAUGACCUACAACUGCUAG